AUGAUUUGUUAUAAAUUUUGUAGAUGUUAUGUGGCGUCGCUGGCAUUCACGGCUGCUGUAAUUGCCUUGCUGAUAGUAUAUAUAGUGAACAUCUCUCAAACAAGCCUAAAGGAAACGGUCAGUCAUAUGAGCGCAGCACCUGAUCGCACAAAGUCCUAUGUAGUGAUGAGCGAGAAUUUUGAAUGUUCACUCCUUGCGAAAAGAGCUUAUCUAAAAUCGGAGGAUCUCGUUAGCAAUGCAAUAAUGUGCCUAACGGCUACCGUUCCUUACUGUGUUGCCGGGCUAUAUUCAAGCAUUUCCUCGUUUUACUAUGCAAAAUUACCAACAGUAUGGGCGGUGAAAAAUUGGAAAAGACUAAUGCUGCCAGACCGAAUGAAAAAAUGGAGCAAGGGAUUCGUAGGUAGGAGAAGAGUUGAAAUAUCCACAGCCGAUGGAUUUCCAAAGAAAGUGAUUGACUUUGAGGAGUUCGUUCGUGAAAAUUGGCUUCGAAAUAAGACGAAAGCAGUUGAAGCUAAUAUUACGAAUACUACUUAUUGUCUCAAACCGCUCAGGAUGUAG